AUGGAUACUUUCCAUCCUUCUAAACGUGGAUCCAUUUCCGUUGGAGGAUUUCAGAAAUUAGCACAUCAUCAAGCAACAAACAAUAAAUUUCAAUCAGCUGCUACUCCAUUUAAAAAUGGGAAUAUAGUAGAACACGGUCCGUAUGAUAUGCACCCUGUCAGCGAAGAUCCUACAGCAACUGUGGCAACUAUUAAUAAUAAAGCUAGUAAUAAUACCAAUAAUAUACGAUCUCCUCUAUAUUCUCCCUUGGACUACUCUCGUCCAAUGUUAUCUCCAAUUUAUUCUCAAGCACAGCAGGCAAGAAAUUAUACUGCAUUGAAUGCAAACAAUACCAGCACAACCGUAUGUGAAUAUGAUUCUCAUUAUCCACUAUUUGGAUUAGAUUGGAGCGUUGAUGAUUUUGUAGCACUAAGUUCCUACAAAGAAGAUAGUAGAAAUAAGAUUCAAAUUAUUCAUUCUAACGAUAAUUUAUUAACAUGGGACAAAAUAACGGAAUGUAACGUCACUUAUUCAAUUAGUAAAAUGCAAUGGUUACCGUCUCAUCCCAAACCAAGAAAAUUAGCUACAAGUUCAGAAUCAUUAAGAAUUUGGACUUUAAAUGAUGAAAAUAAUACACUGAAUGAAACAAUUAAUUUAUCACUUUGUAAAUAUAAGAAACAACAUCAUAUGAAUAUAAAGGCAGUCGCAACGAAUAGUGGCAAUCCACUAUCGGAUGCAGUACCGAAUGAUAUCCUUGGCGAAUUCCCUCCGAUAACUUCAUUCCAUUGGAAUCCAAUAGAUACAAACUUAUUAAUAUCAAGUUCCAUAGAUACUACAUGUAUCAUUUGGGAUUUAGAAAGUUCUAAUUAUGUAAAGACACAAUUAAUCGCACAUGAUAGUGAAGUCUUUGAUGUUAGAUUCUUGACUCAAUCUACUCAAUUAUUUGCAAGUUGUGGUGGAGACGGAUCUGUUAGGGUCUUUGAUUUAAGAAGUCUAGCACAUUCGACAAUCAUUUAUGAACCACCUGCACAAAUGGAUCCAUCAUCAUCAGCAGCAGCAUCAAACGCACUAUUAAGAUUAGAACCUUCUCCUCAUGAUCCAAAUAUCGUCGCCACAUUUGCCGCUGAUUCAAAUAAAAUCAUCAUAUUAGAUAUGAGAAACCCUGAAACUCCAGUAUUGACAUUACAAGGUCAUUCAUCAUCAUUGAAUCAAAUUAAAUGGCAUCCAACUGAACGUAAUAUAUUAUUAUCAUGUGCGGAUGAUUGUCAAGUGUUGUAUUGGGAUUUGAAUAGUUCAUUAACGAAUAAUAUUAACUCAACUUCUACAUCUAAUUCUACCCUUUCGAGCUCGGAUAAUCAAAAUAUCAUUAUAAAUCCAUUAAUAUUAGAUACUCCAAAUCUAUGUUAUACUAAUAAUAAGAAUCAAGAAGUCAACAAUAUCAUUUGGAGACCUACUCAACAACAAAGAUAUGCUUUGAAUCCAAAUACUGCAAUAUCAUAUAGGAAUGGAAAUGUGAAUCCUGGAAAUGGUAACAAUAGUGAUGAUUGGUUUGGUUUCGUUAGUGGGAAGAGUUUCCAAAACGUAAGACUCUCUUGA